UUUGUAUAUCAACGAUUAUCAGAAAGGACAGCAACAACAAAAACAGUGAUAUCACAGCAUUUAAAAAUUAAGUAAGGAAGUUAUAGGCCCGAAAACAAAACUGCAAAAUCGGAUUUUGUUGCACAUCAACGACUUACUAAACAACGAUGAAGAGACCAAAAACUGUCAUUCACGUCUGGAAGAAACCAUCGACGAUAUGUUAGCACUGGCUGCUGUUCAUUUUCGGCGAUCGCAUUUUCGUGAAGCUGUUGAUGUCUACAAGAAAGUACUGAGUGAUCAUAAGGAUUAUUUAGCUGUUCAAGUGUAUCUAGCAUUAUGUUAUUACAAACUUGAAUACUAUGAUGUAGCAUUGGAUACACUUCAACUGUACUUAUCGGAACAUCCAGACAGCCAAUUUGCAAUCAACCUACAAGCUUGUGCCAAAUAUAAGUUAUAUAACAGCAAAAUUGCUGAUCGUCAACUGCAUUCUAUUGAUGAUAAUUCGACAACAGACUGUUUAAAUGUUCGAAAUUUGGUUGCACAUAAUAAGGUAUUUUCCUUGUUUUUUCCGGUGGUUUUUCAAGACGGAGAAGGCGCUUUGCUGACACUACCGUCUUUGGUCAAUACAAUCCCGGAAGCUCGGUUGAAUCUUAUUAAAUUUUAUUUGGCAAGAGAUGAUUUACAAAGUGCAUUCAAAUUGUUCGAAGGCCAUCAACCUGAAACACCGCAGGAAUAUCUUUUACAAGGAACUACCUAUUACAAGAUGAGUAUUGAAAAGAAAAAUCAUGAUUAUCGGCGAACAGCAACCAAACUUUACUUAACUGUCGGUGAAUCGCCAACUGAAUGCGGUUUUCAUCUGUUUACAGAUACAGUUGCUGGUCGUCAAGCAAUGGCAUCUGCGCAUUUCUUAUCAAAUCAAUUGGACGAAGCUCUGAUUUAUUUAGAUUCUAUAAAAGCUUAUUUUGAAGACGAUGAUGUUUUCAACUAUAAUUUUGGUCAAACCUUACUGGCUAACGAUAAACCUGUUGAAGCCGAAGAAGUGCUGUUACGAAUUUCUGAUCAAAAUCUUAUGAAAAGUUCAAGCUACUUGCUGAAUCUAAUUCGUGCAUACUGUAUAAAUCAAAAAGGUGAUCUCGCGUGGUCAAAAUGCUCUAAAUGGAAGCAUCGUGAAGAUUUACCGGGAGCGUUGGAAAUCCUAGCAAACGAUUGCUAUAAUGUUAGAGUUUUUGAAGAUUAUAUAUAA